AAAAACAUAAUGGAUGCUGAACAACAAUUACCCAAGGAGUUGGAUCUUGACAACUUAGUUCAUCUUGAGAAUAUGUUUGUGGAGUAUGGUCGCGAGGACGGGCUAAUUGCAGGAGUGCGAAACGGAGUUAUUGAAGGAAGAGUCAUGGGUUGCGAAAAGGGUUUUGAAUUUUCUCGUGAGAUCGGCUACUAUGCUGGAUGUGCUAAAGUGUGGAAAAGUCUCGCUCUGCUAGAUCCUGAACGCAUCUCGGAGAAAACAUUGAAGAAAAUCGGCUCACUGCUUGAUCUGAUCAACUCAUUUCCACGCCAAAACACGCUGGAUGACGACAUCAUUGCUCUUCUAGACAGGAUUCGAGGCAGAUUCAAGACAGUUGCUUCAGCAAUGCAGACAUCUGAGCGAUAUGCGGGACCUAAGAGCGUCAUGUCUUAUUGAAGUACCAAAAUUGCCAUUGCCUUUAUUAUCGUAGCUCUUUUUGUUUCUGUUGCUAUGUCUUUUGGAAAGCACUCAAUAGCCCUCACAGCCGCCGCCAAUCGCUCCAUACAUCAAAAUCGAUCCGGAUUUUGGUUCCAACUUCAAUAUCAUUAUCAACAUCAGAACCAGAUUCAGAUUCAAAUUAAGAUUCAAUCCUUAUUGAAGAUGACAACGUUUUUGACAAUUUGUCAAGGUCGUGUCACGCUUGCUGCCUUAAAGCUCAAUGAAAAGCGCGAGAGAUAUCCUCGAGUUGGACGUCUACAAUGGGAUCCUGGCCGGUAAAAAGGAUUGCUUAGUGCAUUGCAAGAGAACGCAUUGUCACCUGCUGAGCUAUUUAGCUUCCU